AUGAACAAGAGCAUUGUACCAGCCUCAAAGAAACUCGUAAACUUGAUCAAGAGAAACCCAAACACUGUGUUUGUUCCUUCGGCUAAUGCUGGAGUGAGAUUCCUCCACAUUCAACACAAGACACCAGGUUUCUUUGAUCAAGUCUCAGGUAUUUACUCGACACCAGAGUUCAAACUCUCCAUGAAGCCUUUGGAAUUCCGUGGUGGCCAACCAUUGUGGUACUCCAACUUUUUGGGAGGUAUCAUUAUUGCUAUCCCAGUUGCUGCUGGUAUUUUCUUCUCUCUCUUCUCCUUGUUUUGGUAUACCUUCUUUGACUCACAAACCACCUUGUCGAGAUCCAAUCCACAUCCUUUCCUCAUGAUUAAGAACGGUGCUGACUCACAAGCCUCAGUGAACCCACUCUUCAGAUUCUGUUAUAGAUUUGGCCCACAAGCUGCCGAUUACAAGAUGUUGUUCCAAAACGAGCUCAACAUUGCCAAGAAAAAGCAACUCUAA